UUUUUUUCACUUCACUAAAAAUCUAAGAAGGCCCUGGGACUUCCUUUAAUCUUUCCUAGAAGUUUGUUAUUAAUAUCUUGUUAUAUAAAGAAGAUACGAAUAAGGCAAGAUGCUUACCGCUGCAGAGGAGGAUCAGCAGCCCGCCUACGCUGUUUUCUUGGGAUGCACGGGGGCAGCCAUUGCGAUCAUAUUCACCACUUUGGGGGCUUCUUACGGAACGGCCGUGUCCGGGAUUGGAAUUGCUAGUAUGGCCGUGAACAAGCCGGACAUGAUUAUGAAGUCCAUCAUUCCGGUGGUGAUGGCUGGCAUCAUUGCGAUCUACGGCUUGGUUGUCGCAGUGCUGAUUGCCGGAUCGAUUGGCGACGAGUAUACGGUGGGCAUGGCCUAUGCCCACCUGGGGGCCGGGUUGAGCGUGGGAUUGCCGGGACUUUCGGCCGGAAUAGCCAUCGGAAUCGCCGGAGAUGCUGGCGUCCGGGGAACCGCUGAACAGCCACGCCUUUUCGUGGGCAUGAUCCUCAUCAUGAUCUUCGCCGAGGUACUGGCUCUCUACGGCCUCAUCGUUGCCAUCUACUUGUACACGAAACUUUAACCGUUUGCAUCCUUUUUGUCGAAAUA